AUGGCCGACGCAAAUGAGGUAGACCUCGAUUCUGUCAUUGAUCGCCUGUUAGAGGUCAGAGGAAGCAGACCAGGGAAGCAGGUUCAGCUGCUCGAAAAUGAGAUUCGCUACCUUUGCACAAAGGCGCGAGAAAUCUUCAUCUCGCAGCCGAUAUUGCUCGAGCUAGAAGCCCCCAUCAAGAUUUGUGGCGAUAUUCAUGGCCAGUACUACGACCUUCUCCGCCUCUUCGAAUACGGCGGUUUCCCCCCCGAAGCCAACUACCUCUUCCUCGGCGAUUACGUGGAUCGAGGCAAGCAAUCCCUCGAGACUAUCUGCUUGCUUCUAGCCUACAAGAUCAAAUACCCCGAAAAUUUCUUCAUUCUGCGUGGCAACCACGAGUGCGCUUCCAUCAACCGUAUUUACGGCUUCUACGAUGAGUGCAAACGUCGAUACAAUAUUAAGCUAUGGAAGACAUUUACGGACUGCUUCAACUGCUUGCCGAUCGCCGCUAUCAUUGACGAGAAGAUCUUCACCAUGCACGGUGGCUUGAGUCCGGAUCUGAACUCAAUGGAGCAGAUACGCCGUGUCAUGCGACCGACGGAUAUUCCGGACUGCGGCCUCCUUUGCGAUUUGCUCUGGUCAGAUCCCGACAAGGACAUCACCGGCUGGAGUGAGAACGAUCGUGGCGUGUCCUUCACCUUUGGACCCGAUGUCGUGUCACGAUUCCUGCAAAAACAUGACAUGGACCUUAUCUGUCGUGCACAUCAAGUGGUGGAAGACGGCUACGAGUUCUUCUCCAAGCGACAGCUGGUCACCCUGUUCAGCGCUCCAAACUACUGCGGCGAGUUUGACAAUGCUGGUGCCAUGAUGAGCGUAGACGAAAGUCUACUUUGCUCCUUCCAGAUUCUCAAACCUGCCGAGAAGAAACAAAAGUACGUGUAUGGCUCCAAGAGCCCAAGCGGGUCCAAUACUCCGUCUCGCAAAUCCAAAACCUAG